CAUAAACAAAGAUGGCGGUGGCAGUUAGAGCUUCAUAGAGUUUGAAUUUAUAUUUAGUAUUUUAGAAUGAUUAUCUUAAGUCAAUAGGUCCAUAUAUUUUCUAUAUGCAUAAUUGUCGCUGUGUUUUUGAGGCAUUGUCGGUGUGACGCCGUAAAAUGAGCGGCUGGGCCGGUUUUUCUGAGGAGGAGCUUCGGAAGAUGCAGCCGCAAGACUCAGCGAUGCCCGGAGCGGCAGCCCGAGGGCGGAAACCGGUUCCAGCCAACCGGACACGGCAGCAGUUACAGCGGGAGAGGGCCCUUCAGGUAGUCGCUCAAAAAAGCGCCGGAGCCGCCUCUCUGUGCCUCCCACCGGAGCAACAGCUCACCAAACCGCCGCCGAAAAGAGACCCUGAGCCUCCAGCAGGAGCUCCGGCUGUCAAACACGGGGUGCAGCACAAACCCACCGAGAUGAAGCCGGCUCCAGAGGAGGAGCCCCCGGCCGUCAAAGAACUGGAGAAACAAGAGGUGGCACUACGGGAAAAGACGCGUCUGGAGCAACUGCAGCAGGGCCAAAAGAUAAUCGAAGAGAGGAAUAAGCGCAAGAAAGCUCUGCUGACAAAAACGAUUGCUGAGAAGUCCAAACAGACUCAGGCAGAGGCUGUGAAGCUGAAGAGGAUCCAGAGGGAGCUCCAGGCCCUCGACGACAUGGUGUCCAAUGAUAUCGGCAUCCUGAGAGGAAAGAUAGAACAAGCCAGCUGGGACUACUCCACUGCCAGAAAGCGGUACGAGAGGGCGGAGGUGGAGUACGUGACGGCCAAGCUGGACCUGCACAAGAAGACGGAGGUGAAGGAGCAGCUGACAGAGCACCUCUGCGCCAUCAUCCAGCAGAACGAGCUGCGUAAAGCCCACAAGCUGGAGGAGCUGAUGCAGGAGCUGCAGCUGCAGGCCACUGAGGAAGAGCUGGAGAGGCAGAGAGAGGAGGAGAAGGAGGAGAAGAAUAAAAAAGCUGCGUUGAGGCGCAGAGUGACGGGAAAACGGGGGAACGGCUCGGUGGCCGAUCGGGAGUUAACGGCGCAAUCAACCAACGACUGUCGACCCACGGAGGUGGAGCCUGUGAUGGAGGAGAAAGGAGGUGGCGUCCGUCAGGAGCACCACCCGAUAACUGAAGUGCCGAAGACCGAACACGACGGUCCGACACUAGCACACUCUGUUCAAGGUGGAGUCGCAGCCUCCUGAUGCUCGGAAGACAUUAUCACACACUGUGACGCAGUAAUGUUUUCCAACUAUUCCCUCAGCCAGAGGAAGUGAUCCUCGACACUAACGUCCAACGUCAAUUCCCUUUUUGGUGGUAACCAUCCAAAUGAGUCCGAUCAUCCGUGUCUCCUGAAAUGAGACCGGGUUUGUGUCCUGCAGCCUAUGAGUUGAUUGUUGGAUAUUAUGGGUUGAUCCGGAUUGUGGUUUUGGUUAUUGAAAAAGUAAGCCGCGUCCUGUGAUCUGUUGACAGUUUGUUCUUGUUGGGACGCAGAUAGCGAGGUUUGUCGUAUUUAUACAAGCUCGAACGGGGAAGUAGCUUUCACAAAUGUUAAAGUUGGUAAAAGAGUGUUCGCUUUGGAUUGGGACCGGGGCAGAACGGUUUGAAUCGGGUCAUCUCUUUUUGAGAUGUUGCAGAUUUGUACAUUACAUUUAUUUAUUAUGUAAGAAAUACAAUCUGGGCGGCAUUGCGUGUCCUUCAAAAGACAUUUUCUGUUGCUGAUUAGUGGGAGAUGUAUAUAAAAAUAAUACUUUUACUGAACUGUCAAGUAUCCAAGUUGACAUCUGAUUUAAAUCAAAACGUUGACAGUUUAAGACUUUAUAAAGGAGAAACGUCUUGUAAGGCUUUUUGUAUUUAGAAAACAUUUGAGAACUUGAGCUUCUUUUGUUGGUGUCAGGGGGGGGGGGGAUGAUAUAAAAUGAUAUUUAGGGUGAAAACCGGAGUGCGAUAUCGGCACUAGUAUCGAUAAGUUGCGAUCAACACCCAGCCUUCAGUAUGUGUGUACCUGCAGGAUCAGCUCCAGAUCCUACUCGGCUGCAGAGGAAAUCCAAGUAUGUUUUUAUUUGUGCGCCUGUGGAUAAACCUUCGCUUGACAUGAAUCAUCCUUCGGAGCGAAGGUUGCAAUCAAAAGAUGAGCGGCGUCUCGCUCGUCGCGUCUUUGCGGCAGCAGUGAAAGACGCUUCCCUGCUUACUUCCCGGAAGGAGGCGCGGAUCCGUUCCUGUUCCAGAGCACGAUCCCUCCUGUCUUGUGUGUUGUAGACCAACAUGUCCGCCGGCGCUGGGCUCGCGUUUCUCAAAGCUAAUUGUCGUCUUGUCAGUCGGGGAGCAGCGGGCUUCCUGAAUGUAAGAGGAUACCUGUUGACGUGUACUUCCAGCUGCAUUCUGCAGUUCACUUUCUCCGGCUGCACAAUGUGUCGACUAUAUUAUAUGACAAUAAUAUGAUGUUGGCCUGUGUAUAUCUGUUUGCCUGGCCCAAGCCUGCUUGUAUGUGAACCAAAUGACAUGAAUAUAAAUAGUUAUUUAAAUUGGGUACAUAUUUAAAGAUGGGAUAUGUAGAUAUACAUUACA